AUGAAGAAGGAGCGCACGACUCCUGCGAAAAACAUUGUUGAUACUGGCAAAGAGUGCCCUUGCACACCCGCAAAGCUUAAGCAAGAGCUCCGGCGAAGCGCACGGAAGAGGAGGCGGGAAGAAAGGGCCAGGAGGAGGGAAAACUCUGGAAAAAAGAAGAAGAGGUCGAAAACUUCAAGUCCACACUUCGAUAUCAGGCCCGAGGAUGCUGUGGUGCUAAGCAAGAAAGGCAAGGGUUUGGCUGAAGGAGAGGGAGCUGCCCGGUUGAAAGAGGGUGCAAAGGUGGGCGUUAGUGAUGAAGAUACACCUGCGGAAGUCCCGACAGUUCGGAUUAAGGAUAAGCCCGAGGAGGCAGUAAUAAUUGGGUAUACUUCACCACCACACAAAAAGAAAAGAAAGCCUAUAGGUACCAAAAGGACCAAGAAAUCAAAACCGACGAGCCCGCACUUCGAAGCCGAGCCUGAAGCUCUUCCCGAGCCUAAAAGAGGAGCGAGGAAAGUAAGGGUCCAAAAAUCAAACUCAACAGAAACAGUGGCAAACACUGCCGACCAAACUGCAUUAAUAUCCAAGCCACGGGGAGCAGGGCCCAGACCCCCAAAAAGCGAAACAUCAGGAAUCAAGAAGGCCAAAAAGCCAAAAGCCACAAGCCCCCAUUUCGACACUCGGACCAAAGCCCCGCUCGAAAUAAUAACAGAAAACAUACCCCAAGAAACACGGGCUAAGAAAGUCAAGAAAUCGAAAUCGACAAGCCCUCGUUUCGAAACCAAGUCCGAACGUCCGCCCGUGACGAGGAAAACAAGGUCUAAAAAGUCGAAGUCGGCCAGCCCGCAUUUUGAUAUCAAGCCCGAAAAUGCGUCGGGGGAGAUACUGAUGAGCCAGAUUGAUGACCCGUCUAAGGCGAUUAUAGAUAGUGCCGAGCAGGAGCAGGCUUUGAUACCGAAGCCAAGGAGGACCCACUCAAGGGCAAAGGUUGUAUCAUAUAUAGAGCAGAGCAAAGAAGAUCCAGAAGGAAAGGAGAAAAAGAAGCGGAGAAAGCGGCAGUCUAGAGAGGAAACAGCGUCAGUAGAGGAACAAGAGCGAAAAGAAAGGAAGAAGACUGUUCGACGAGUUCAAGCCGGUAUAUCAACCGCAAUCUGGCCGCCGCUGAGCUCAGACAGAUUCGGCCUCAUCCAGGAAGAGCUCAAAGGAGACGCUUUCCAUCUAAUCGUAGGAACAACCUUUCUAAACCGAACCCGGGGGUCCGUCGCCAUUCCCCUACUCCGUCAAUUCCUCCGCGACUACCCCACACCACACGCCCUCUCCCUCGCCCCCCUCACCAAAAUCAGUACCUUCCUGCAGCCCCUCGGUCUCUACAACAUCCGCGCCACACGCCUUCACAACCUCGCCACAACCUGGCUCACUACCCCACCCAUCUUCGGCCAGGCCGCCAAAAAGGUCGUUGCUGGGAGAUCGCGCAUCUACCGGGCAGAUGAGUUUCGGAGGGCGGCGGGCGAGAGAGUGGAGGUUGGGCAGGAAGAGUGGAGGAGUGUGGUUCCAAUGGAUAAAGAAUUGAGGGUCUAUGUGAGGUGGAUGUGGGCGAAGGAGGGCGUGAGGUGGAAGGAGCCCGGCGAUAUACAGCAGACGGCUCUGAGUUCGCCGUUUUUUGAGAGGGUGGAGGAUGGUAAGGUGGUAAAGGUAGUGGAAGAGGGUGGGAUUUAG